CACACCUUCUACAAUGAGCUGCGUGUAGCCCCUGAGGAGCACCCCACCCUGCUCACUGAGGCCCCCCUUAACCCCAAAGCCAACCGUGAAAAGAUGACCCAAAUCAUGUUUGAGACCUUCAACGUCCCUGCCAUGUACGUGGCCAUCCAGGCUGUGCUGUCCCUGUAUGCCUCUGGCCGUACCACUGGUAUCGUGCUGGACUCCGGUGAUGGUGUGACACACAAUGUCCCCAUCUAUGAAGGGUAUGCCCUGCCCCAUGCCAUCAUGCGCUUGGACCUGGCCGGCCGGGACCUCACUGACUACCUGAUGAAGAUCCUGACUGAGCGUGGCUAUUCCUUCGUCACCACAGCUGAACGUGAGAUUGUCCGUGACAUCAAGGAGAAGCUGUGCUAUGUGGCGCUGGACUUUGAGAACGAGAUGGCCACCGCUGCCUCUUCCUCCUCCCUUGAGAAGAGCUACGAGCUGCCUGACGGGCAGGUCAUCACCAUCGGCAAUGAACGUUUCCGUUGCCCAGAGACUCUCUUCCAGCCUUCCUUCAUUGGUAUGGAGUCUGCCGGUAUCCAUGAGACCACCUACAACAGCAUCAUGAAGUGUGACAUUGACAUCAGGAAGGACCUGUAUGCCAACAAUGUCAUGUCUGGGGGUACCACCAUGUACCCAGGUAUUGCUGACCGCAUGCAAAAGGAGAUCACAGCCCUGGCCCCCAGCACAAUGAAGAUCAAGAUCAUUGCCCCACCUGAGCGUAAGUACUCCGUCUGGAUCGGUGGCUCUAUCCUGGCCUCCCUGUCCACCUUCCAGCAGAUGUGGAUCACAAAGCAGGAAUACGAUGAAGCCGGCCCAUCCAUUGUCCACCGUAAAUGCUUCUAAACAUGUUUACAUGAUCACUUUGCCAACCACGCUCAGGAUGACAACCUUCUUGGUUGCAGGCUGCCGAGGGCCUGCAACAGCCACGUUAACUCUCUGUUUUGUAAUGAUUUCUGGUUACUGUUGCUGCAGAGCUCCACGUGACACAGUGUAUGUAAAGUGUACAUAAAUUAAUUUAUUUUACCUCGUUUUGUUUGUUUUUAAAACCAAUGCCCUGUGGAAGGAGACAAAAAACUUCAAGAAGCAUUAAAUCACCAGUCAUUCUGUCACACCCCUAA